AUGACGGAGGCGCAUUAUGGAGAGCGUGGGGGCGCCCACCAUGCCUCCACGCUCUUUGGCGGCUUUGAUUCCACACCUUUUGGGGAUCCUGCAGGUUCAGGCUCUCACUUCCUCGACAUGUCCUCGGCCUCUCCUGCGCAUCACCUUGUCAGCCACAGUCCGAUCCAGGACUCAUCUUUCCACGACGCCGAAACCUUUGAGCCGGAGAAUAACCAGACGUCGAACACCGCCAACAAGCUGGAUCUGCCAACGCAAGACUCGGCGGCUCGUCGAGAGCUGCUCACGCAGUCCUUCUUCCCGAGUUUGAAGGACGGCGCCUCUACCCAAGACUCGGACAAUCCGGAGGAGAUGCGCAAAAAGGACCCAUUGGGAACGCAGAUUUGGAAGCUCUACAGCAGAGCGAAAACCCAGCUGCCAAACCAGGAGCGUAUGGAAAAUCUCACCUGGCGCAUGAUGGCCAUGAAUUUGAGGCGUAAGGAGAUGGAAUCUGCUCGACGCCCCGGUGAAACACCGUCGUCGACAAGAUCAGCUCCGCCGCCGCCGAGCGGAAUCGCCCAGCAGUUGCGAAAAUCGGCCGACCAAACAGCGGAGCAGGCGGCCAACGAGCUCGAUACCAUGAACAUUGAUGAUUUCAUUCUUCCUUCUUCGGUGGGUUCGCCUGCCGGUUUAACACCUUCGCCGCCUCCAGAAUUGGCAUCAUCGUCAAACGCCAUCGCUUCGGCCAUUCCCAUCAAGGCCAGAAAAGAGUCACAGGAGCAACAGGCGGCAGCGGCAGCGCAACUCCCACCUGCGUCCGCUCCGGUGCCUCCUCAUCACUUCCACAAGAACGAAGGCGAGUUUGGCUAUGUGCAGCGCUCCGUGCGCAAGACGAGCAUUGACGAGCGAAGACCAAGAAAACGCCCCGCCGAUUUCUCUCCUCAGGUUCCUCCCGUUAACGGCAUUACCAUCCCGCACGACCCUGAGCUGGAGGCCGGGUUGCACAACUACUCCCUUGACCACACUCACCCAGCGCCGUUCACUCAGCACGGCCCGGCACACCCUCAGGUUCCGUUCGGUUUGGACACAUACAAUGUGGAUCACGACCCAAUCAUCACCUCGGCGGGGCCAUUCCAGCAAAACUUCGCCUUCUCUCCCACUGGAUCUCCUCUGGUCAACCAUGGUCCCUUUUCUGUCCAUGGAAAUGGAGCCAUUGCAUCCUCGCUCAACUCUGCCGACUUUUACUCUCCUCCUGGUUCCGCCUAUCAUUCCACCGCCUCAACCCCGCAACCGAUUCCCGAGGGCGAGCAAAUGUAUUUUGACCAUGGUUCCAUGGACAUGCGCCGCCAUCGUCAAAUGCAAAGCUUUGGUGGUCACCCGAGCAGACCGUCGGCAAUGUCCAGCUCUAUGCCUCACCAUUACAUGUACGGGCCAGGAACCGACUCGUUGUUUGGCGCGGUUAGUGGACCAGAUCCGACGCAAGGCCUGUUCUCGCUGUCUCAUCAACAGCAUGUCGAUCCCUCGCAUGUGUUGCACCCUGAAUUCUCCAAUGCUCGUUCGCCGGGAGUAGGCAGCAUGCCUUCCCGUGGGGAGAACCUAUUCAGCUUUGGCGCGGACUCUGACGACGAAGACGAGACGUCGGCGUUUGCCGACCGGGCGAUGGCGAUGUCCACGGACUUUUCGUCCAGUCUGGACGAUGCCGCGUCACUUGAUCUCUCGUCGAGCUUGCAAUGGGACUCUAGCUUGCCGGGCCAAUUCAGCACCACUGCUGCGCGGUAUCCUGGCGGACCGCCCCGAAAGCAGGUCACCAUUGGAGGCACAGAGAUGGUUUCAUCGCCCCAGGACUGGAGCCAGCUGGGAAGCCUUGAUCGGGGACACAAUGCCUCAACAUCUGUCAGCGACUUUCGCAGCCGUGGAACGGAGCAACGCAGGCAAAAGAUCCCUCGCACGACGUCCACUCCCAAUGCUGCUCAACUGUCGCAGGGUAUCCAGCAGCAGCAACAGUCACGUUCAUCACCGAACACCCCGCCCGGUUCGGGUUUCAGCUCCGCCGCGCCUUCGCGGCCUGGUAGCCCGACUGGUUCCAAGAGUGGAGACCAAAACGGUCAACCCACGACCUGUACCAACUGUCUCACGCAGACGACGCCGCUAUGGCGGCGGAACCCGGAAGGUCACCCGCUCUGCAAUGCAUGCGGUCUCUUCCUCAAGCUUCACGGCGUGGUCCGACCGUUGUCGCUUAAAACGGACAUUAUCAAGAAGAGAAACCGAGGUAGCGGCAACGGCGUGGCUGUUGGCUCGGCAUCGACGAGAUCCUCGAAGAAGUCAUCUCGGAAGAAUUCAUUGCAGCACACGCCCGCUGCAACGCCUACAUCGUCGGGCAAGGGCACCAGCGUUACCGGCUCGGAGUCACCGCCUGCCGCAAAUGGAACGUCAACAGCAGGCAGCACACCGACAAAUUUUGCCUCCUCUGGCAGCAAGGGCGGUGUGGUGCCCAUUGCUGCAGCACCUCCCAAGACAUCGGCUGGCACUGCACUGAACGCGGCCAGCAGCCGCACAGCGCCACCAAACGUUGCUCCCAAGCGACAGCGGCGGCACUCCAAGUCGCAAGAAUCCGAAAUGACUGACGCAGACACACCAGGGCUGCCGAGGGAACUAUCACCGCUAGCCCCGUCGACGACCUCGUCCCUAGGAGGACACUCGGGCCAGACACAUUCAAUGAUGACUGGUCUCUCGCCAGCGAUCACCAGCGGUGGCACUACCGGCCCGCAGGAAUGGGAAUGGCUCACCAUGAGUUUGUGA